GGUGACAACGCCAUUGAGGCUGGUCACAACAUUGUCCACGGUGAUGCUGGCGGUCUUACACAAUUCAAUAGNGCCGCAUCCACUGGUGUCGACCGCAGCAACAAGGCUGCCCCCAUGCCCGAGAUCGAGAAGGGAGACAGCAUCGAGGGCAUGAACGCCUCCGGCGGCGGCCUCUCCGGUGCCACCCUCACCUCCACCGGCCAGGGCGGCAACAAGGAGCCCUUCGUCGAGAAGGAGGCUGAGAAGCACUCUUCU